AGGAAAGUCAUGCGGCGCACCACCAGCUGGUUGAGCUGGAGCGCCGUGGCCACGGCUGCUCUGCUGGCGCUCCUCUCCAGCCAUUAUGCGACACUGGCCCGGCCGAUCCCGGCCGGGUCGGCUGCCGCCCCCGCGGUGGCCAUCCUUCCGGAUGGCACCACCGGGGCUGAUGCCGACGCUGACCAGCGCCUGCUGGUCAAGCUCAAGGCGGCCGCCGAUCAGGCUGCCGUGCGGGGCCCGGGCCCCAAGCCCCAAGACGAUGGGUCCUCUCGGCGCGAGCAACGAGAGUGCAACCUCGUGUGUGCCCAGAUCUGGGACCCCAUCUGCGCCAUCGACGGAAAGACCUACAACAACCAGUGCGAAUACGAACGGGCCAUCUGCAUGCAGGGGCUCUUUGCCAUGGGGGUGCAGAACCGCGGCCCCUGCGCCGGAGACCUCCACCGCAUUGGCCGGCACUUCCCGGGCGGCCGCAAGGGCGCCACGGCCGCCGCCUCGCCGAAGGCCGACCGCGAGCUGGCCAAGGCCCGUGACUGCGCCGGGAACCUGUGCGCCGAGAUCUUCGACCCGGUGUGCGCCACCAACGGCCGGCAGUACAACAACCGGUGCGAGCUGGACCGGGCCGCCUGCGCCACCGGGCUCACGGCCGACUGGCUGAAGGUGGCCCCCGGCGGGUCCUGCGAGGCGGACCCGGCCAAGCAGCUCCACGAGUGCGGCAUCCACUGCCCGGAGGAUGCCCUGCGCCAGGCCCAGGGCCCGCCCGGCAGCGGUGGCGGCCCGCUCAAGUCCGCCGUUUGCGGCACCGACGGCAUCACCUAUGAUGGGCCCUGCUCGCUGGCCCGCGCCCGGUGCUUCUACCACGAUGGCAAUGCCGUGCAGGAGGGCGCCAAUUGGCACAUCGUCGCCUCGAAGGGGGCCUGCCCGGAGGCCCCGGGCGCGCCUCGGCCCACGGCCGGCGUCCUGGCCGCCGAUGACGACCCGGUCCCGUGCGACGGCUUCUGCACGGAGAUCUACCAGCCGGUGUGCGGCUCCGACAGCCGGACCUACGGCAAUGCGUGCGAGCUGGCGCGCACGCGCUCGUGCGGCGUGUCCGCCGCCGGGUACGGCCUGUUCAUCGCCUACGACGGCGAGUGCACCCCGGAUGGCGAAUGCCCGCAGGCCUGCACCCGCGAGUAUGACCCGGUGUGCGCCUCCAACCAGGAGACCUAUGCCAAUGCCUGUGUCUUCCGGGCCAACCGCUGCGAGAGCGGCCCGAACGCCGCGCAGCUGAUCAUCCAGCAUCGCGGCCCGUGCUCCGGCAACUACCCGGUCGAUGAGACCGUCCCGGAGCCCGGCACCGGCGAGCUGGCCGGCAGCAGCAGCGACGGCAGCGACGGCAGCGCCGGCGUGCCCGGCAACUGCCCGCAAUUCUGCACCCUCCAGUGGGCCCCGGUGUGCGGGACCAAUGGCGUGACGUACGGCAAUGCGUGCGGCUUUGCCGUGGCCAAGUGCUCGGACCCGGACAUGGCCAAUGUGGAGAUCCGCCACAAUGGCGAGUGUGGGGACGGCGGCAGCGGCGGCAGCAGCACCGGCGGCAGCAGCAGCAGCAGCAGCAGCGGCUCCUCGUCCGCCGAGGCGCCGCCCGUUGUCUUCGGCAAGUCCUACUGCGACAAUGACGACGCCAGCGCCAGCGCUUCGGCCAUGUGUGCCGAGGCCUUCCCGGAUGCCGGGCCCGAUGCCAUCUGCCUGGACGAGCCGAAGCAGUGCCUGGUGGAGCCCUGCCCGCAGUUCACCUGCGUCCCGCGGAAUGUUGGCUGCGGCAUUCGCUGCGACCCGUCGCAGAUCAACCCCGUGUGCGGGUCCGACGGCCGGUGGAGCUCCAACGAGUGUCUCUUCCUUUCGCGCCUGUGUCGCAUGGAGGAUGACUCGGCGGCCGUGUCGGCCUCGUCGUCGGCCUCGUCGUCGGCCUCGUCGUCGGGGUCGGCUGCCGUGGCAAGCAUGCGCCGGGCGGCCCGCUCUGCCAGCGGGUCCUCCUCGUCGGAGGAUCACUCCGACAGCGAGGGCGACUCCGACAGCGAGGAGGAUGGCAGCGAGCCCUUCAUGGCCGUGCACCAGACUUCGCGCUCGGUGUGUGGCUGCGAUUGCGAUGGCCGCGUCAUGGACCUCUCCUGGAGCCAGAUGCUGCAGCUGGCCCAGCUGCCGGCCGACUCGCGCACGCUGGACUUCGGCGACCUGGUCAAGAUCCGCCGGGCCCUGAGCAACCCCAAUGGCGAGGGCUUCGACGAGAAUGACGACGGCACUUUCAACCGCAACGUCUCGCGCGACAUGGCCCACCGCCGCCCGGCCCGCCGCCAGCAGGAGGAGGCCACCAUGGAUGUCAUGGUCCGCGCCGACCCGGCCCUCGUGGACUACAGCGCCCUGUCGAUGCUGGGUCUGGCCGACCACAAUGGCGAUGGCCUGAUGACGGAGGACGAGUUCACCGACCUGAAGCGCUACUACCACGCCACGCAGGGGGUGCCGAUUGACCCGGCCGAGGUGGCCGCCGGUUCGGCCACCGGGGGUGCUCGCUCCGACAAGGAUCGCAUCAUGUCCCCGAGCGCCAUGGGCGGUCUGAUCGGUGUGGCGGUCAUCGCCCUCGGUGUGGCCGGUGUCGUGGGCUCGCUCAAGGUCAAGGAGCAGAUGACCUUCCGGCGGAACUGCCGUCUUCACGACCAGGAGGAGGCCGCCGCCCGGACGUCGGCCCCGGCCUCGCUCCGGUCCCUGAGCAUGGCCAGCCUGCAGGCCCUGCACGAGCUGAGCCCCACCUCCCCCGGGCGCCUGGGAUACAGCCAGAUCGAGAUGGACACCCUGGGCCCGAACGUGGAGUCCGCCGUCGCCGACGCGCCGGCCGCCGCCGGUGAUGACGCCGACGCGAGUGACACCCCGUCGGGUGCCGACUCUCGUGGUGCCUCGGCUGAGUAGAGGCGAGCAUAUUUGUCCGCGCGUGUCUCUCCCUCUCUCCUCUCUCUCUCCCCCCCCCUCUGUCCCGCUCUGUCCUGUGGCCAUGCACGCAUCGCCUCGCGGGCUCGGCGCGCCGCGCCUCUCUCCCUCGCGCGCCGCGC